AUGUCAUCCUCAAUUGAAAUCCAACCAGGACAGGCAAUUCUCUUUGUCGGAUCCUCUACAGUCGAACAAGAUCAAUGGAUCAAGAUGCGAUCUUCAGCUCUCGCCCAGGCCGGUCCUCAAGCCAACAUUGCAUUUGAGAUUAUGGAAAGGGUAGCUGAUGCUUCAUUGCCAAAGUCUUCAUUCGAUGGCAUCUACUCCAACAUCUUUUCACCCUCUGUGUCGGUUCAUACACCCGCAAUUCUGUCAAGAUACCUAUCAACUCUCAAGGCCGGUGGACGCUUGGUUGUCGAAGAACCCAUUGUGCUAGUCAGCCUGAGUAACACUGUCUGUCCUGUAACACGUCAGCAGGACGAACUGGUCUCGAUGUUGAAAUUGGCUGGUUUUGUCGAUGUUGAGGCAAGUGUCCAGCCUGUGUCGGAUCAACAGUUGGCGCAGUUCUUCCAGAUCUGGGGAGCAACUAGAGUCGAGCAAGGUGUGAGUCGCCUGACCGGAAAGUUUGGCUGGGCUCAUGUUACGGCCAAGAAGCCUGCAUAUGAAGUUGGCCAAAAGAUGACCCUGCGAUUUGGUAAAAAGAAAGAGUCACCUACACCUACACCUACAGCAGCAGCCAAGAAGUCUGUCUGGACUCUCGAGACAGAUGAUACUAUGGAAGACGACGAUGCUUUGUUGGAUGACGAUGAUCUUGUCAAACCUUCCAAGGAGUCUUUGUCUAGACCAGACGAUUGUGAAUUGACAGACGGAAAGCGCAAGGCAUGCAAGAACUGUACCUGUGGCAGAGCAGAGGAGGAGGAAGCCCAGGUGGUCUCGCUUGAAUUGGAGGAUGACAUGGAAGAUGAGAUUGUGGAGGUGGAUCCAACAGCCAAGAAGGUUGGCGGAUGUGGUAGCUGUGCGCUCGGAGAUGCCUUUAGAUGCUCGACAUGCCCAUACCUGGGUAUGCCUUCAUUCACUCCUGGACAAACAGUUACCUUGGGUGGUCAGUUUGGCAUGGAUGACAUCUAA